GCUGUAUGUACAAGGGCCAGGAGUGCAGGCUGGUGAUCCACUACGAGCAGGGCUUCUCUGUCCUGGCUGAGCAGCAGGGGGAGGACCAGGUGGACCAGGGAAACCAGAACCAAGCCAAACCUCUGCUCUGCUACCCCUUCGAACGCCUCAAGAUGUCCUCUGAUGACGGGGUCAGGGUGCUCUUCCUGGAUUUCAGUGGAAAAGAGGGUGAAAUUGUAAGUUUUUUUUUUUUUUUUUUUACAAGAACCAAGGACAUGAAAGGACCAUUGUUUCUACUAGGGACAGGACCACUCUUAACAACCGUCUCUGUUUGUUGAUGACAGUACAUGAGACCGUAUUUCCUUAAGAAUAAAAAACCCAGUUGACUCAUAUUUCAUUGGCGUUGCUCUACAGCUCUAUUCAGGCAACUGAACACAAACAAGGAAAGAUGGAAAAGUUUCCACAGAAUCCCCUAUACGUUAAACAGGAACUGAGUCAUACAUGGGCAUACUGAAACACUGUCCUGCAUGUCCCUCUGCUGUUUAUGAAAAGGACUCUGUUCAGACAUGUUCUGCUCUCAGAACACUACAACUGUAAUAGAAUAGAACUCACCAUUAGAACUCAUGGAACUGUAAUGUAACAUCUAACAUUCUCUCUGUUCUAUGUUCAGCAGCUGGACCUCCACUCGUGCCCAAAGCCUAUCGUCUUCAUCCUCCACUCAUUCCUCUCAGCAAAGAUCGCCAGACUUGGCCUGGUAGCA